AUGCACAAAAAUACUGAUGCUUUGAUUGACUAUCCAGAGUGUGGCCGCCGCUGGCAGCAGUUCUUGUGCUUGGCAGCCCACAUGAUCAGCAGGGUCGUGCUGAUUCUCGCACCAUCUAUUCCCAUGUUAUUUGCUGUGGGGGUGUCGCUGGUGGCAGCUGCAAGUGGACCAAUGUUCGAGUCAUCACUGUCUGUCGGACUCGAACUGACAACCAUCAAGCACCGUACGACUAUCAGCGCCAUGGCGUGCCUUUGUGCAGGAGCUGGAAUGAUGGCGGCUGGCCUGGUGGCGUGGAUCAUGCCCUAUUGGAAUUUUCUCUUCCUCUUUGCUGCAUUAUGUUGUCUUGCAUUGUUUUCAUUUUUCAGGUGGUUCCCCGAGUCGCCGCGCUGGCUGGCCUGCAGGGGGCGCCAGGAGGAGGCGCUCAGCCUGGUGCAGCGCAUCGCGGCCGCCAACGGCACUGCCGUGCCUCCGCUCACUCAGAGGGUGCUACGCAAUGUGGCCAGGAGCAAGCGCGACAGGAAGGGACUGCUCAGCAUUUUCUCCAGCUGGAACCUCUUCAAAAAUACAACAGUACUCGUCAUCGUCAGGUCUGUGCACGUGCUGACGAUGUUCUCGCUGGUGCUGAGAGCGGGAGGUGUCAGCGCCAACCCGUUCGCCUCGGUGGCCGCGCAGGGGGCGGCCCAGCUGCCCGGCUACCUGGCCGUCCGCCACUGUGCGUCCCGCUUCGGCCGCCGCUGGUCCGCUGUCGCAGCUCCUGUGCUGGCCGCUGCCGUUGGUUCUGCCAUGAUUCUACUCAUGACAGGGACUGAAAAAGUCACGAACUGUCGACGCCCAUCAUCAAAGGCUUCUGAAUACAGAAAGCGAACAUUAGAAAAAUUUUCUUGA